GAAACUGAAGACCAGGUGCUGGCAACCUUCUGUGGCAAAGAGACCACAGACACAGAGCAGACCCCUGGCCAGGAAGUGGUUCUCUCCCCUGGCUCCUUCAUGUCCAUCACUUUCCGGUCAGAUUUCUCCAAUGAGGAGCGAUUCACAGGCUUUGAUGCCCAUUAUAUGGCUGUGGAUGUGGACGAGUGCAAGGAGAGGGAGGAUGAGGAGCUGUCCUGUGACCACUACUGCCACAACUACAUCGGAGGCUACUACUGCUCCUGCCGCUUUGGCUACAUCCUCCACACAGACAACAGGACCUGCCGAGUGGAGUGCAGCGACAACCUCUUUACCCAGAGGACCGGUGUCAUUACCAGCCCCGACUUCCCAAACCCUUACCCCAAGAGCUCUGAAUGCUUUUACACCAUUGAGCUGGAGGAGGGUUUCAUGAUCAGCCUGCAGUUUGAAGACAUUUUCGACAUUGAGGACCAUCCUGAAGUGCCCUGUCCCUAUGACUACAUCAAGAUUAAAGCUGGCUCAAACGUUUUGGGGCCCUUCUGUGGAGAGAAAGCCCCAGAACCCAUCAGCACCCAGAGCCACAGCAUCCAGAUCAUGUUCCGCAGUGACAACUCGGGCGAGAACCGGGGCUGGAGGCUCUCAUACCAGGCUGCAGGAAACCAAUGCCCAGAGCUACAGCCUCCUGUCCAUGGGAAAAUUGAGCCCCUGCAAGCCAAAUAUUCCUUCAAAGACCAAGUGCUCAUCAGCUGUGACACAGGCUACAAAGUGCUGAAGGAUAAUGUGAAGAUGGACACAUUCCAGAUCGAGUGUCUGAAGGAUGGGACGUGGAGUAACAAGAUUCCCACCUGUAAAAUUAUAGACUGUGGUGCCCCAGCAGAGCUGGAACAUGGGCUGGUCACCUUCUCCACAAGGAACAACCUCACCACAUACAAAUCUGAGAUCAGAUACUCCUGCCAGCAGCCCUAUUACAAGAUGUUCCACAAUAUCACAGGUAUAUAUACCUGUUCUGCUCGAGGGGUCUGGAUGAAUGAAGUACUGGGGAGAAGCCUGUCUACCUGCCUUCCAGUGUGUGGUCAGCCCUCCCGCUCCCUGCCAAACCUGGUCAAGCGGAUCAUCGGGGGCCGGAAUGCUGAGCCUGGACUCUUCCCGUGGCAGGCCCUAAUAGUGGUGGAGGAUACCUCGAGGGUGCCAAACGACAAGUGGUUUGGGAGUGGGGCCCUGCUCUCUGAGUCCUGGAUCCUCACAGCAGCUCAUGUGCUGCGCUCCCAGCGCAGGGACAACACGGUGAUACCGGUCUUCAAGGAGCAUGUCACUGUCUAUCUGGGCCUGCACGAUGUCCGGGACAAAUCGGGGGCUGUCAACAGCUCAGCUGCCCGUGUGGUUCUCCACCCAGACUUCAAUAUCCAGAACUAUAACCAUGACAUAGCCUUGGUGAAGCUGCAGGAGCCCGUGCCGCUGGGACCCCAUGUCAUUCCCAUCUGCCUGCCAAGGCCCGAGACCGAAGGCCCGGCCCCCCACAUGCUGGGUCUAGUGGCCGGCUGGGGCAUAUCUAACCCCAAUGUGACGGUGGAUGAGAUCAUCAGCAGCGGCACACGGACCUUGUCAGAUGUCCUGCAGUACGUCAAGCUACCUGUGGUGCCACAUGCCGAGUGCAAAACCAGCUAUGAGUCCCGCUCAGGCAACUAUAGCGUCACAGAGAAUAUGUUCUGUGCUGGCUACUAUGAGGGCGGCAAGGACACGUGCCUUGGAGAUAGCGGUGGGGCCUUUGUCAUCCUUGAUGACUUGAGCCAGCACUGGGUGGCCCAAGGCCUGGUGUCCUGGGGGGGCCCUGAAGAAUGUGGCAGCAAGCAGGUCUAUGGAGUCUACACGAAGGUCUCCAACUACGUGGACUGGGUGUGGGAGCAGAUGGGCUCCCCACAAGGUCUGGGGGAGCUACAGGUGGAGCGGUGAGCUGAAAGAUUUCUCCAGAGCCUGCCUACCCCACCCCAGCCUGAGUGAGGCUACUCCACACACUUCUGACAGCACACUCCAUGUUACUUACCAGACCACAUGGGAUGGAACACAUUGACCUAGCAGGGUGCAUCCUCCCCAGACAGCCCCCGGGACCCUGAGAGGCAGCUGUGUGGCACAGAGAAAAGGCUCCAGGCAAGAGACCUGGUCUGUGACCUUGGCCAAGUCCUUUCUCCUCUCUGGGCCUCACUUUCCCCAGCAAUAUGGUGAGAGAACUGGACCAGAGUGCCUCCAGGCCAACCCCAACACUCCUCUCCAGGCUGUGCAUUACCCCAGUGGCCUUUAUUCACUCCUAAUCUCUUAUCAAGCCCAUCAGUCCACUACUGGUGUAACUGAGCUUGGACCUGAUUAUUGCAAAAUGGUUCCUUAGGUUGAACUAAACUCUGCAUCUAUAUAUUUUCGCAGCUCUUCCCUCUAUGCCUAGACCAAGUCUAUUCCCUCCUCUAGGAUAAAACUAUUCAGGUUUGGGGGGAAAGGGAUCAUAGCCUAGACACCCCUCCUAGUGUAAUGCCUUGGAGCACCUUCAUCCCUGGGGUUUCUUUCCCUAAAGCUUCUUGCAGUCCAAGCCGUAUCUCUUAUGUUCCCUGUUAAAGGAAUUUCAAAGGACAAAGAGAACGCUAGGAAGGUUUGUGGUGACUGGGUGGAAGAGAGCAGCAGUGGGAAACUCCCCAAACUCCUUAAAUUCCUACUGUCAACUCAGAGCACAUCAUCUGGGCCCAUAUGCCACUCUCAGAUGCCACACCUGUGGGGUAGCCACACCUGCUGCUCCAGAAAGCACAAAGCGACCUUCCAGCCUUGAAAUGCAUCAUCUAAAAAGACUACCUGAACCCCAGCCCCAAAUGUGGUGAGUUGGCCAAUUACUUGGAAAAAGAGGAGAACCAUACUAUGUCCCACUGUGCUUUGGGGCAGAAAAAUGGAAGAAAGGGCUCGGGACAUUAAGAGUCACCCAAAUCCUACUGGGUUGCCCAGAGUCCCUGAGGCCUGAGCUUGGCAGAGAAUCCACUAAGCAGGAUGUUCAGAGGGAUCCACUCCUCUGUUUUCCACGGGUUAGAGGUCAAGGGAAGCAGAGACUCACUGUGACAGGCAGUGACAAGAGAUGGAGAGCCAAGAGUCCUGGUUCUAUCCUGUCUCUGACCUCAAAUGGCUGUAUAAUCUUUGACAAAUCAUUUUCUUUCUUGAGCCUCAGUUUCCCCAUCUGUAAGAGGAAGGCAUAAAAUCUCCCUCAGAUUCCUUCCAGCACUACCACUCAGCACUUCCUUGAUUGCCAGCAACAUCUCCCUGACCCUUCCAGGCUGAUUGUCCUCCUCCCCAGAGCUCUUUCCUGGGAAUCUCCACCAGAGAAAGGUGUCAGAGAAGCCCCUAAUAGGGGUUCCAAGAGAACAACUGGGAAGUGUCCACUUUUCCAGCUGGCUCAUCAAAGCACACUCCUAUGUCUAUGAAUGGCACAUGUUGAAGAUGCUAUAUUUGGAUCUUUUAUAUCACACGCUUCACUACUUUGUAAGGUGCCUCUGCACUCUGUUUCUCCUGUCAGGGGUCUAAAGUGGAAAUAAACCCUCUGUGAAUAACCAACA